AGAACGGGUCGGUGAACACGGUUGAAAACCCCGAGAAAUACGUCAUCGACUAACGGGGGAACGACGAGCACGUGCACGCUUGUCUUUUGUUGCCAUAACAGUACCGUGAAGCCCCCGGUGCUUCGCAGGGAUUACGUUUCUUCGUCGCCCGUUUUCAGACUUCGCCUCGUAGCGUCAACAACGCCGUCUCCCGUUAAACGACCGCCGCGCCCGCGCCGCGCCGCGCCGCGCUCUCAACACGCAGGCGUGAAAUCUGACGCGAUGGCUCUCGCAGCCGUCCCAACCGUGUUGGUGGGGAUCCUCCCUUCAGCCAGUGCGUGUGUGCGCUGUAAGGGGCUGCGUUUUUAGAAACACCGAGGGCGAGCGAUUAACAAGCCGGGUUGAUUUUUGUUCUGCUCUUUUUUUUCUUUUCUUGUUUUACUCCGCGGCAAUGUAAAGAUGGCGAGAGUGCUCCACAACUUGCUGUUAUUUCUGAUCCGACUUGCGCUGAAGAUCCGAGUGUUGGGCUACUGGUCCCUGAUCUACGGCUACUGCGCGCUCUGCACCACCGCGGCCCUGCUGAAACUUUGCUGGAGCAUCGUCUUGAGGCCGACGGCCACCUUCCAGUGGGCGAUCCGUGAAACUCCCCCGGCUUGUCUGAGUGACACGUCCUUGGGAACCCACUGUUAUGUUCGGAUCAAGGAGUCUGGCCUCAGGUUCCAUUAUGUUGCUGCUGGAGAGAGAGGAAAGCCACUCAUGCUGUUCUUGCACGGCUUCCCAGAGUUCUGGUUCUCCUGGCGCUACCAGCUGCGCGAGUUCAAGAGUGAGUUCCGCGUGGUGGCCGUCGACAUGCGCGGCUACGGGGAGUCCGACCUGCCGCUCUCCGCCGAGAGUUAUCGCGUCGACAACCUGGUCACCGACAUCAAGGACAUUGUGGAGUACUUAGGGUACAACAGAUGUUGCCUGGUUGGCCACGACUGGGGUGGGACCAUAGCGUGGCUGUUCGCCAUUCACUACCCAGAGAUGGUGACGAAACUCAUCGUCCUGAACAGCCCCCAUCCUUCUGUGUUCACAGAUUACGCUCUGCGUCACCCGAGCCAGCUGCUGAAAUCCAGCCACUUCUUCUUCUUCCAGCUGCCCCGCUUCCCGGAGCUCAUGCUCUCCAUCAACGAUUUCAAGGCUCUGAAAGCCCUGUUCACCAGCCGCAACACAGGGAUCGGAAGGAAAGGCCGGUGGCUCACGGCAGAGGACUUGGAGGCCUACCUGUAUGCACUCUCACAGCCGGGAGCUCUGACCGGAGCCCUUAACUAUUACAGGAACGUCUUCAGCUCCCUCCCCUUGAGCCAGAAUCAUGUCCGGUCUCCCGUGCUGCUGCUGUGGGGCGAGCAGGACGCCUUCUUGGAGCAGGAAAUGGCCGAGGCAUGCCGUCUGUACAUCCGGAAUCACUUCCGUCUCAACAUCAUUUCUGGGGCCAGCCACUGGCUGCAGCAGGACCAGCCCGACAUCGUGAACACCCUCAUAUGGACCUUCCUCAAGGAGGGAGAGGGACGCAAAAGCCACAGGAACUAAAUCCACAUCGAGGCCUCCUCCAGCCUCUUUCUCCCCCUUUCCCUGCACCCCCACCACGCUUGCCACACCCGGAAGCCUGGAAUAUGCCAGCGACAUAGUGAAAAUGCAAUCGCUCUUAAAAUCGUUCACAAUUCAAAUAUCCCUUUCGUCAAUAAAGGAAAGAAUCAAAGCACACUUCACUGGAGAGGACACAUGAGCAUCAUGGGUGACACAUAUUCAAGAUGUUUUUUUGCACAUGACGCCCGCCUUAAAGUUCGUCGGUUACAGCAUCUCAAAAUGUGUGGCAAACAAAUCUCCUUGUGUCUUGUAUUGUGUGGUGCCUUUUUGAACUUUUUGCGUUGUGAAGAUGUCCGGAGAGACUGCUGUACUUGUGCGUUUCACUGGGUCGCUCCACUCUCCUUAGGGCCCAGUCCUUUGAGAAGCCGUGACUCUCCCUGUCCCUUAUCAGGUUGUGUUGUCUGAAGGAGUUUUUUAUUUAUUUAUUUAUUUUUUGUAUUAUUUUUUUGCUCAGAGAUACUCAAAUGCAGAAUGUCGUUAUCUUGAUCUUCUGGUAUAGAAAUGUGGUUGACUAUUGUACUCUUUUUUUUGUAUCUAUUCCUACACACUGCAUUUUGAAAUUCACUGAGCCAAGUCUACACAAUUUGAUUUUUUAUGAAUAAACUAAGUGUCAAUCUGUCGGG